AUGAAUCCAGCAGAUCUUCCUAGCAGAGGUUGUUCUGCACAUUUUGCAUCUUUGAAAUGGUGGGAGGGUCCUACAUGGUGGAGGCCUGUCAUGGUGGGAGGCCUGUCACUGAAGAUAUUACAUGUGAAGAGGAAAGAGAAAUACUGGCUUCUCUGCGGAAGGAGAGCCGUUAAACAUUUAUUGAGAUCUUGCAUUAUUUGGAAGCGAUUUUCAGCUAAAGGUAAUAAUCCUCCCACUGCACCACCACCAGCAGAUAGAGUUAAAGACGCUGCUGCAUUUCAGAUAACAGGAGUGGACUGCACAGUGAUUCUAAGAGAUAACUCAAAAGCUUGGAUUGCUCUUUCCACCCGUGCGGUGUAUCGUGCCGUCCACCUCGAAUUAAUAACAUCCAUGUCAAUGGAGACAUUUCUAGUAGCUUUUCAUCGUUUUGUUGCUCGCAGAGGGAAACCUUCAGUCGUAUACAGUGAUAAUGGAACUAAUUUCAAAGGAGUUGCCAGUGAUUUUGAGAAAAUUUUCCUUGAAGCAAGAGAAGAACACAUAACUUGGAAGUUUAUACCACCUAAUGCUCCUUGGUGGGGAGGUCGGUGGGAGAGACUGUAG